AUGAGAGAACUCCAUGGUUUUCCAAUGGUUCUCUCAUUGUCCCCUUUGGCCUUUCCGCCAACAAUUGACUCCGCGCACUUCGGCGACUUCGGGCGCGAAGUCAGUGGAGUGCGUCCCAGCCGUCUUAGCGAAGAAGAAUUCGCCAAGAUCGAAGAGGCGCUAUACAAGCACGAUCUCCUCCUCUUUCGAAACGUCAUCUUGACACCUCAACAGCAAUAUGAGCUUGUCAAAGCAUUCGACCCAGAGUCAGAGCAGUACGGCCACGGCAAUCGAGAGCUUGAGAAAAGCAAAGCGUCGAUCCUUUCAUACUUGAAAUGCCUACCCGACGUUCCACAAGUGCAGAUAAUCGGACAUGGAACUGUCCGUGACCACGAAGGGAUAUCAGAAAUAACGCUGAAGCACGGUCGGCACGCAGAAUUCCACAAAACGCGAGUCUCCGAGGAAGAUGAGGCGAAGGGCUUCACUCGAUUCUUGCGAUGGCACAUGGACGCUGCGCUAUAUGACCUGAACCCUCCGAAAGUGACAGCGUUGUAUGGUAUCAAGGUGCCCGAAGGUCCGAUGCAGACUGUUCGGUAUGACGAUGGGACGGGCGACGAGUUGGAGGUGACGCUGGGCACGACUGCCUUCGUCUCGGGAAAGAUUAUGUUCGAUAUCAUGCCGAAAGAACUGAAGAGCCUUGCGGUGCGUUCGAGAGCCAAGUAUGCGCCACAUCCGUUCCUGUGGAUGAGGAAUGCAAAGGCGAAGCCGACUGGACUAGGGCUGGAGACAGAAGGUUUGGAAACCCCGCUUGGCGAAUUGCCAGCUUGGGACGAGGGAAAAGUCAAGACGUACCCUUUCACCUGGAAAAAUCCAGUAGCAGGUGGUCUCCACCUUCAGGUCCACCCUUGCGCGAUAGUUGAAGUUGAUAUCGAUCCUUUGCCGCCCAACGCUGAACGCCAAGACGCUCGAUUUCCUGAAGGAGGACAUCUGGCAGAUCUUCAAGAAAUAAGAGAUCUUGUUUAUGAAAUGCAGCGUCCGGGAAUAGCGCCAAACCUUGUUUAUCCCCAUCCCUGGGAAGAAAGAGACCUUGUUCUCUUCAAUAAUCGAGGGCUGAUCCACUCCGUAGUCGGCGUUUUCAAAGAAGGGCAAGUCCGACUGUUCCAUCAGUGCAAUUUGGCCGCCUCAGACGAACCACUGGGGCCAAGCAGAGAGGACUAUGCAAGAUUUGUGUAG